UCGAAGAGAUCGAGAAAAAUUGUGGAAAAAAAAAAAAAAAAAAAAAAACGAAGCUCACCGGCCGAGAGAUGUCGCAGAAGCGGCAGCCGGAGGAGGGCGGCGAUGGCGGCGCCUCCGAUGAGAAGAAGCGGCCUAGAGUUCCCGCUCUCCAUGGGGUGGUGAUUGAGGCGUUGAAGAUGGACGCGCUUCAGAAGCUUCUUGCUGCUCUUGAGCCCUUGGUGAGAAGAGUGGUGAAAGAAGAGGUUGAAUUAGCAUUGGCAAAACAUUUGUCUUGCAUAAAAAGACAGUGUGGAAAACAGGUGUACCCGUCUGCUUCCGGAAGCCUUCAACUACAGUUCAUGAGCAAGCUCUCUCUUCCAAUAUUCACCGGAUCGAAAAUUGAAGGGGAGGAUUGCAAUGUCGUAAACAUAGCUCUAGUUGAUGGAUUGACUGGGCAAGUUGUCAUGUCAGGUCCUGAGUCCUCAUUGAAAGUUGAAAUAGUAGUUUUGGAGGGAGAUUUUGAAGGUGAUGAAGAAGACAACUGGACAUAUGAGGACUUCAGAAAUAAUAUUGUUAGAGAAAGGGAAGGAAAGCGCUCACUUCUUACAGGAGAUGUGUAUCUAGAACUGACAGAAGGAAUUGGAGUACUAGGUGAGCUUUCAUUUACAGAUAACUCUAGUUGGACAAGAAGUCGGAAAUUCAGGCUUGGGGCAAGUAUUGUGGAUGGUUGCUAUAAUGGAACGAGAAUAAAGGAAGCCAAGACUGAGCCAUUCAUGGUUAAGGAUCAUCGUGGAGAAUUAUAUAAGAAGCACUAUCCCCCUGCCCUGAUGGAUGAAGUCUGGCGCCUAGAGAAGAUUGGUAAAGAUGGCGCCUUUCAUAAGCGUCUGAGCAUUGAGAACAUCAACACCGUGAAAGAUUUUUUAACUCUACUGUAUACUGACGCUACAAGGCUCCGAAAUAUAUUAGGCAGUGGCAUGUCAGCCAAGAUGUGGGAAGUCACGGUGGAUCAUGCCCGCACCUGCACACUUGGUAGCCAGAUUCAUUUAUACUAUGCUAAUGGUCAAGGCAAAAAUGGAGUUGUAUUUAACGUUGUGGGUCAAGUCCUUGGUAUCCAAUCUGAAAAGCAAUAUAUUUCAGUGAACAAUCUUUCAGAUGAACAGAAGGCAGACGCACUUCUCCUCGUCAAAGCUGCCUUUGAGCAUUGGAAUGAUGUAUUAGCCUUUGACAUGGGAACUUAUGUUGGCAGUUCUUCUAAUGUGCCACCUCAUUUAUUUCCCACCGGCUCUCAAGUCUCAUCGGACAUUUUCAACAAUUUCUCAGUGAGAGCGGACAGUUAUAAUCUACUAAACUCCAGUGUCUCAUCGUCAGAGACCAUUGGUGGUACAAGGGAACUGGAUGCCUUCGUCUUACCAUCUGUGGGAAGUAUGGGUUUUAAAUUUGACACUGAUAAUCAUAGCCUUAUUAGCAGUGAUGUCUUUACGAAUGCAAGCAGAGAAAUACAAAGGAUUUCCAAUUCCGUACUAUUUGACGAGUGUGGUAACCAAGCUUACUUCGGGGAAGAUACAUUGCAAUACCUGAAUCCUGAAAUCUCAUUGCUUUCUCAGGGCUUUGUUGCAGAUUCUCCGGCUGACCUGGGAACUGCAGUCACCAGUUUCCUUGCUAGGUCCCGGUCAACUGCUCGAGGUAAGGCGUAUGUGGGAUGGAAAACAUUGAUAUCAGUGUUACAAUGGAGAUUCUCUAUAAAGAGAAUAGUUGCUUUGAAAAAGAGAAGGGUGCGCGAGAAGUAGAGAUGUGGUUGAAGGAAUAUAGGGCUUAAGUAAUUAAGAUAUGUUUGAAUAAAAUAUCGGUAAGUGUUUUGCAUAUAUAUGCCUGUGUCUGAUUGGGUAGCACAACAAACACCGCCGACUUUUUAAUUGGUGUAAAUAUGCAUCUUUUGAUGUUUAUUGCUUCACAGUUUUGGUAGAAGUUUCAAAUGUAUAUUGCAAAGCAUUUUGUAUAGAAUCAAUAGGUCAAAAAAGUUGCUGGGAAAUUUCUUCCUGCACUGACCUUAUGAUAUAUAGCAUGAAUGCAAGUUAUUUCUUGAUUGUAAUUUUGCUUGUUGGGAGGCAGUUAGUUGCCUAAUGCGAAACCAGCGAAUAAAAUAAAGUUGAAUUAUUUUUUUAAAAAUAUAUAAUACAAGGAGCAAUGAGAAGAUA